CUGGCGAUAUCAAUACAUCGAUACCAGACCAGACCACACCAAAAAGAUCUACCAAAAGAGAAAAAGGAAAAGUUUCCUUGGCCUUUCCUGUCAGCAACGACCACAAAAACAGAAGUUUUAGACAAACGAGCCAGAAGACAUACAUCAUCCUCCGUGUCUUGGUUUUGGACCUGUUAGUUGCACUGCCAUCUGUUAUCACACGAAACUCCUUUUUCAUAGCAAAAAUGACAGCUUUGUCUUGAAGAUUUUGUCUCUUAUUCUUUCUAGUCUUUAAGGAAUAUACACCGUUUUUAGAAUGGAAGCUGUAAUAAAGUUGCUAUGCGAUAUUUUUGGAUUUGGACAUAGUUGUUAAGCUUGUGGAUGUGUUUGAGGAUGUUAAGGAUUUGUUUUCUGCCAUUUGUUUUGCUAAAUUUAGCAGUAGCAAUCUUUUGUGCUGAUGAAUAUAGUAGAGCAGACUUUCCUCCUCAUUUUAUCUUUGGUUCUGGUACCUCUGCUUAUCAGGUGGAAGGGGCUGCUAACGAGGAUGGGAGAAAGCCUAGCGUUUGGGAUACCUUUGUUCAUGAGGGAAAGAUGGGUGGGGCAACUGCAGAUGUAUCAGUUGACCAGUAUCAUAAAUACAAGGAAGAUGUCGGGCUCAUGGUUGAAACUGGGUUGGAUGCCUAUAGAUUUUCCAUCUCAUGGUCAAGACUCAUCCCAAAUGGAAGAGGCCCAGUCAAUCCAAAGGGCUUAGAGUAUUACAACAAUCUCAUCAAUGAGCUUAUCAGCAAUGGCAUCCAGCCACAUGUUACAAUAUUCCAUUAUGAUCAUCCUCAGGCACUUGAAGAUGAGUACCGUGCAUGGAUUAGCCCAAAGAUAGUGAAAGAUUUCACAGCUUAUGCAGAUGCGUGUUUCAGAGAAUUUGGUGAUCGGGUUUUGUACUGGACUACUUUGAAUGAGCCUAAUGUUCUUCCACUUUUCAGUUAUGAUUUGGGAAUAUUGCCUCCCAACCGAUGUUCUGCUCCAUUUGGAUUUAACUGCUCUCAAGGCAACUCAACAUCUGAGCCAUACUUGGUUACUCAUCAUCUCUUGUUGGCACAUGCAUCAGCUGCAAGAUUGUACAAGAAUAAGUAUCAGGGAAGGCAAAAUGGAUUUAUCGGGAUUAAUAUCUUAACAAGUGGGGUUGUUUCUCUAACAAAUUCAACAGAGGAUUUGCUUGCAUCUCAAAGAAUCACCGACUUUUUCGUUGGCCUGAUAAUGGAUCCUCUGGUGUUUGGGAACUAUCCUGACACAGUAAAGAAAAAUGCCGGCGUAAGACUGCCAACCUUUACCAAUUAUCAGAAGAAGCAGAUUAAAGGUUCAUUUGACUUCAUUGGAAUUAAUCACUACUUCUCACUAACAGCCGAAGACAACCCUGCCAGCCUUAAUUUUGAGCAUAGAGACUAUUUCGCGGACAUCGCAGUAAAAAUUGGCAUAGGUGAUUGGGAUACCUCAUCAUUUGAGUAUCCUAUAAAUCAAUGGGGCUUGCAAGAGGUGCUGGAGUACUUCAAGCAAUUUUAUGGAAACCCACCUAUUUACAUUCAUGAGAAUGGGCAGCGAAGCCGACGAACUUCAUCCUUGGAAGACACUUCAAGGGUGAAGUAUAUGCAUGCAUACGUUGGAAGUGUACUUGAUGCUAUUAGAAAUGGAUCAAACACGAGAGGCUAUUUUACAUGGUCUUUCUUAGAUAUAUUUGAGCUUUUGGGUGGCUAUGAACCAUGCUUCGGUCUGUAUUAUGUAGACAUUAACGACUCAGAAUUGAAGAGAUAUCCUAAGCUCUCUGCACGUUGGUAUUCUCAAUUUUUGAAGGGAGGAAAAGUUAGUUCUGAUGGAGUUAUUGAGCUUCCAGAGAAUUCAUCAUCUUUUUCUGAUAAUCUUCUGUUUCAGCAGACUAUAGAUUGAUCUGAAAUCCUAAAACCAUAUGCAUGUACUUGUUAAGAUUUUAUCAGGCCUGUGGAAGCUUAUGCUAUUUCUAAAUAGCCUUGUGAUUUCUUAUUAGAAUAUCAACAAUAAAGGGUAGACAUAAACAAUAAUUCUUAUC